AUGGCCUCUUUCGAUGAAACCGUCAAGGCUUUCCGUCACAACUGUGAGGAGGACAAGCUACCUCUCCCGCGGGUUACCCUUGGCGCCAUCAACAAGGACGGGACCUUUCACUGCGCCAAGGCUUUUGGAGAAGAAUCUGCCGACCCCACUGAUGCCGAUGCCGUGCAUUGGAUCGCCUCAGCCUCCAAGUUCGUGACCACCAUUGCCGCGAUGCAGUGUGUCGAAAGGGGCCAACUAAGCCUGGAUUCCGACAUAGCAGAAGUGCUGCCCGAGUGGAAGGAUCCCCAAAUCUUGACCGGCUUCAACGACAAGGACGAACCCAUCUUCCGACCAGCCACGAAGGCUGUUACCCUGCGGCAGAUGCUGACCCACUCCAGCGGCAUGGCCUACACGUUCAUGGAUCCGCUCUUGGCGCGCUACCAUGAGCUGCAUGGAAACCGGCCCUUAAUCCAGCAGACCAUCAAAGAAUCAUUCCACACAUUCCUCCUCUUCGAGCCGGGUGAACGAUGGCUGUACUCCCCCAGCAUCGACUGGGCAGGCCUCGCAAUCGAACGCGCCACAUCCAUGCCCCUGGGCGCGUACAUGGAGCAACAAAUCUUCCGCCCCGUCUCCGCCAAUGACACCACCUUCCACCUCGACCAACGUGCCGACCUCCGCGCCCGAAAAGUCAAGAACUGGGAGCGCGAAGGGCACGUCCUAGUCAGGGAGCGACACCCCAUCAUGCCUGACCCGGUCGCCGACGACUUCGGCGGCGCCGGCCUCUACGCCACCGUCACCGACAUGCUCAAGCUCUACCGCGGCGUCCUCACGGGGACGCUCCUGCGGCCCGCGACCGUCAGGGAGAUGUUUAAAUCCCAUCUGCAGAGCGGUACCAAGGGCCUUGACGACCCGGCCGAGUACGCGACGUACCGUAAUGCGGUCUGGAACGCUACGGCGUUCUCGUCGUUCCGGAAAGGUAUCUGGAAUACGGUCCCUGAUGACGUGCCUGUGAGCUUUGGGCUUGGUGGCUUGGUUAACACUGCUGCUGUUCCGGGCCGACGGGGCGAAAACUCACUGACUUGGUGGGGGUUCCCGAAUUGCUACUGGUGGAUGGACCUCAACAACGGCGUUGCCGGCAUAUACCUCUCUCAGCUUGUACCGGCCGGAGAUAACAAGACUAUUGAGCUGCUGACUGAGUUUGAGAAGUUCGUGUACUCGAGUCUGGAUAAAUCCACGUCGGGUCAGUGA